CACUUUCAAGUUCCUCGUCUCUGAAAUAUGAUCUUUGCCUCCUGCAUGCAUUUCUACUACCCACUUCCAGAGCUGAGUUGAUCCUGGUGUCAGGCCUUUGAAUCUCCAAAAUGCUUCUAUCCACAGUCAGCAGUGAGGAGCAGAGGACAGUGGUCAAAGCUGGGUCUGGUGUCCUGGUCUGGGUAGCCUGUCUGCUCUUGGCAUUUCCUUCCACAGCCCCUGAGCCACAAACUUCUCAGCCUGAAGUGGACACCCCUCUGGGUUAUGUGCAAGGCCGGCAGGUGGGCGUGAAAGGCACAGACCGCCUUGUGAAUGUCUUCCUGGGCAUCCCAUUUGCACAGCCACCACUGGGGCCUCUCAGGUUCUCUGCCCCACUGCCAGCACAGCCCUGGGAAGGUGUACGGUAUGCCAGCACUGAUCCCCCGAUGUGCAUGCAAGACAUAGAGAGAAUGAACAAUAGCAGAUUCUCAGUCAAUGGAAAACAUAAAAUCUUCUCUAUUUCUGAGGACUGCCUGGUCCUCAACAUUUACAGCCCAGCUGAGGCUACUGAAAAGGCCAGAAAGCCGGUCAUGGUGUGGAUCCAUGGAGGCUCACUGAUGGUAGGCUCUGCUACCUCCCAGGAUGGAUCAGCCCUGGCUGCCUAUGAAGAUGUGGUAGUGGUCACAGUUCAGUACCGCCUUGGGAUCCUUGGCUUCUUCAGCACUGGGGACAAACAUACACCUGGAAACCAAGGCUUCCUAGAUGUGGUAGCUGCUCUACGGUGGGUGCAGAAGAACAUCACUCCCUUUGGGGGUGAUCCCAACUGUGUCACUAUCUUUGGUGGAUCUUCAGGUGCCAGUAUCGUCUCUGCCCUGGUCCUAUCUCCGAUGGCCACAGGACUGUUCCACAGAGCCAUAGCACAGAGUGGGGUCAUCUCUUCCCCGUUUCUAACUGCAUCUGACUCAUGGCCCAAAGUUCAGAGCCUUGCGGACUCAUUGGCCUGCAGCUACAACUCCCCAUCUGAAGUGGUGCAGUGCCUUCAGCAGAAAGAAGCACAGGAGCUGAUCCUUAGCAAAGAAUCGAAAAUGGUAAUCCCUUCCUACACCAUCGAUGGCUCUUUCUUCCCCAAAAGCCCUGAGGAGCUCCUGAAGGAGAGGAAGUUCCACCCUGUGCCCUUCCUCGUGGGUGUCAAUAAUCACGAGUUUGGAUGGCUCAUCCCCAAGGCCUUGGGUCUGCUGGAUAAAAUGGAGCAGAUGAGCCAAGAACAGAUGUUGGACUUCUUCAAAGCCUCUUUGACCAAUCUGAAUGUGCCCCCUGAGAUGAUGUCCAUGGUUGUAGACCAGUAUCUAGGCAGUGGCUCAGAUGCACAAGCCAGACGUGAAGCUUUCCAAGAACUGGCUGGUGAUAUCAUCUUCAACAUCCCCACUUUGAAUUUCUCAAGAAAUCUCCAAGAUUCUGGGCUCCCUGUUUUUUUGUACGAAUUCCAGCAUGUACCCAGUUCUUUUGCAAAGAUCAAGCCACCCUGGGUGAAGGCUGACCAUGCAGCUGAGGAAGCAUUCAUGUUUGGGGGUCCUUUCCUCAUGGAUGAAGACACCCUCCUGGCCUUUCCAGAAGCCACAGAAGAGGAGAAGCAGCUGAGCCUCACCAUGAUGGCCCAGUGGGCCUGCUUUGCCCGAACAGGGGACCCCAAUAGCAAGGGGCUACCUUUUUGGCCCCAAUUCAACCAGUUGGAGCAAUAUUUGGAGAUCAGCCUGGUGCCACGGGUCAGACAGAAGCUGAAGGAAGCCCAGAUGCAGUUCUGGACAGAGACACUCCCCAGGAAGAUCCGGCAGUGGCAACAACAGAAGCAAAGCAGGAAGGCCCCAGAGGAGCUCUGAGGCAAGGCCUGGAUCUCCUUAACUAGGGCCUAUGCAACAGGUGGCAGGGUCAUGGGUAGGUGGCCUCCUUUUACUCUUGUUGAGACUUUAGCCUAAAUUUCACUGAUGUUGGCUCAUAUCCCUUCAAGCAUCAACCACAGCAGGACUGGCAUGGUGCUCUUUAGAAAUGUCACCAAGCUUCUUCCCACCUUUAGACCUUUUCACAAGUUCCUGUUUCUCCAUGAAGUACCCUGUCCCCUUUCUUCCUAGAAUGGCCCAGCUUCUUGGUCAAGCUCGCUCCUGGGAAACCUUUUCUACCUUUCCUGUGUCCUGUGUCCCUGAAUAUGUCACCAUUACAAAACAAUUCACACUAGGCUCACACCAUCUCUGUUGGAAUCUUUGUCCUUCACAAAAGAAAAUAUAAAUCAACCUGACCCCACUCCAUCAUUCACACCAAAAUCAGGAUCUGGUAAUAUCUGGACAGAGCAUAAUCCUAUAGGCCCACACUCACAUGGCCUUUACCAGAUAAAGGGCUGGCCCUUGAGAUAGUGAGUUCAAGUUCCCAGCCUUAAUAGGCUCCUCCUUCUCUUCCUAGCUAGGGAACCCCACCUGUGGGAGAGCUCAGCACAGCCCACAGAGCUCUCACCAGAUACAAUAGUACAGGGUCAGGGGAGGGUGACCAGGCUCCUAGCCUUCCCAGCCUCCCACACCUUCAACUAUGCCUUGAUUUCUCAGCACUACCAUUGUACAGAGACCCAGCAGACAAGUGCCAAUGCUUG